AUGUCUAACUUUGACAACGCAGGACUUUACUACCAGGAACGAUUCUUCGCAAACGAUGGAGUCCCUGAUCAGGGACGUGAGAUGAUUGCAGAAUAUCGCCAAAUUUGCGAACAGUUUCGACGAUUUAUUAGAGAGUUCUCUAUAGGAGGAACGGGAGGGCUUCAUUAUCGUGAUGAGCUCAAAAAGAACUACAAUGCUAAGUACUACAUGCUUGAAGUUAACCUAACCCAUUUGAAACAAUUCGAUGAAGACGCUGAAUUGAAACUGCGCACUCACCCAGGGAAAUUCCUGCCUGCUGUUUGCUUGACUUUGGACGAAUACCCUUCAUCAAUACGCAGAGUAAAAAGUGCUCAAGUCUCGCAAGUUGUAAAAAUAUCGGGUAUCAUUGUAGCGGCUUCGCAGGUUCGUGCUAAAGCAACGAAAAUUACUUUGCAAUGUCGUACCUGUCGCCACACUAUCAGCGACCAAGUGCUAAAACCGGGCUUGGAAGGUUUUCAGCUCCCGAGGACGUGUGGAGCUCCCCAAUCUGGACAGCUUCAGCGGUGUCCUAUUGAUCCAUAUCAUAUUGUGCCCGAUAAGUGCCACUGUGUAGACUAUCAGACUCUAAAACUGCAAGAAAACCCAGAAGAUGUCCCUCAUGGUGAAAUGCCGCGACAUUUGCAGUUGUAUUGUGACAGGUACCUGACCGACAGAGUAGCCCCAGGAAAUCGUGUCACCCUUGUGGGAGUGUUUUCAAUCAAGAAACUCUUCCAAAAGAGCAAGGCAGGCACCGACAAAACAUUAACCGGUAUCAGGACGCCGUACCUUCGGGUGCUUGGUAUCCACGUCGAAACUGGUGGCCCUGGGCGAGCUGAAUUCAAGCAGUACACUCCGGAAGAAGAGCGCAACUUCAACGGCGCUGCUCAGCGACCUGAUGCUUACGAGCUCAUCGCGAAGAGUAUAGCACCAUCCAUUUAUGGAUCAGUGGAUAUAAAGAAAUCUAUUGCUUGCCUACUUCCUGACGGGCUUACACGACGUGGUGACAUUAAUGUACUACUUCUCGGUGAUCCUGGUACAGCUAAAUCCCAACUUUUGAAGUUUGUGGAACAGGUGGCACCAAUUGGAGUGUAUACUUCGGGUAAAGGUUCAUCAGCUGCCGGUCUUACUGCGUCAGUGAUUAGAGAUCCACAAUCGCGCACAUUCAUGAUAGAGGGUGGAGCGAUGGUGUUAGCGGAUGGCGGUGUCGUUUGCAUCGACGAGUUUGAUAAAAUGCGUGAAGAUGAUCGUGUUGCUAUUCACGAGGCAAUGGAACAACAGACUAUCUCCAUUGCCAAGGCGGGUAUCACCACUACACUGAACUCACGAUGCUCUGUCUUGGCCGCUGCAAACUCGGUUUACGGACGAUGGGAUGACGCUCGUGGUGACGAAAAUAUCGAUUUUAUGCCAACUAUUUUGUCUCGUUUCGAUAUGAUUUACAUAGUCAAAGAUACACAUGAUGUGAAGAGAGAUGAGACUCUCGCUAGGCACGUUAUCGAUGUUCACGUGAAUGCAUCUAAAAAUAGGAAUAAAGCAAUGAUAGAAAAAGAGGUUAAUGUGGAUGCCAAGACAGAAAUGUUUGACUCUGAUGGGUUCCUUACCCUAGGUUUCUUGAAGAAAUACGUGUCCUAUGCGAGGUCUCAUUGCGGUCCUCGGCUAAAUCCGCAGGCUAGCGAGAAACUCGCAAGCAACUAUGUCCGAAUGCGUAACCCGCCAAUCGAUGCUGAUCAUAUUGUGAUGAGCAAAAAGACACCAAAGUCGUCGAUUUCAAUUACCGUCCGUCAGCUUGAGGCCGUGAUUAGAAUGAGCGAAAGCUUGGCAAAAAUGGAAUUGCAGCCGUUUGCAGUUGACAAGCAUGUGGAUGAGGCCCUCCGCCUAUUCCGUGUGUCCACCGUUGAAGCAGCAGCGACCGGACAUCUUGCA